UGACAAAUAAUAGCCAACCCAAAUCUUGUAAUGAUCUCUGUGUUUCUCUCCAGCCAUCUUUAUCUCAGACGAUAGGAGGCACCAACGACCUAAUUUAUCUCACAUUCAUAAACAGUUCAACAUCAAAUUGUUAAGUAGAUCAAACUCCACUCACCAUCUACAACAAGUGACCGAAUUUGGUAUCCUGAAGAGAGCAGAGAUGAAGUUACUAGGUUGGAUGCACCGUAAGUUCCGCCAGAAUAGCAGUGAACCGCUCAAGGAUUUUGCCAUUGGGCAGCCAUCAUUGGAUGACCAACAAUUCUACUCAAAGCCAUACUAUGGCACCACGCCUUUCAGGCAACCCCAGAGUCAUCUUCAGAAGUCUUUUGCUGGUAUAGAAUCAGCACAGGUAGAAGAAGAAGACUAUGAAGAAGAAUCAUCAUCAGCAAUAUCUGAGCUAUUCCAUGGCUUUCUUGCAAUUGGUACCCUUGGUUCGGACCCAAACAUUCCCGACCCAUCAACACCAACAUUUACUAUUUCUGUAGAAAACAUAACUGAAAAAGAAACAGAUGUGACAGAGAAUGAGCUGAAGCUCAUUAAUUAUGAGUUGGAGAGGGUUCUAGGAGCUGAAGCAAAAGAAGAAGGCUGCAACGACUCAUCUGGAAGAAACAGUCAUGUCAGCACUGGAAGAAGCAGUCACGUAAGCACUGGAAGAAGCAGCCAUGGCAGCACAAUUACACUUAGUAGAAAGUCAAUCGAAGGUUUAGAUUCCAAUGGGAAUGGCAAUACAGUUUGUCCACUCCAAGGUUAUCUUUUUGGCUCAGCAAUUGAAUUGUCAGAAACAACUACAGUAGCGAAAAAGGAACACAGGACCUCACUUGGAGAGCUGUUUCAGAGGACUAAACUAACAGAGGAGAGUUUUGGGAGUAAAUAUGACAAGGAGGAGAAGCGAAUGGAGAAGGAAGGAGAUAAAUCUGCAGUGCACAUUAUGAAAAAAAUCUUGAAGAAAAAAAUGCUCAAUGCAUCCAAGAGCUCUGCUGCAGCUACUGGCGGAAAUAUGGAUUCUGCCUCAGCAGAAACAAAACUGCACAAGAUUUUACACAAGUUCCACAGAAAAGUUCAUCCUGAAAGCUCAGCAGCCACAUAUAAGCAUGGCAAGCCCCAAAAGAAUGAGAACAAGAAAAGCAUUGGUUAUAAUGGAGGUCAAGAGAAUGGAGUUCCGAUCCUUGCGGAGGAAGACAUAGUGAUAUUUCCUCAAAGAGCCCUUUCAAAGGACAUGCGACGUUACAAUAGCCAAGCAAAUCCAUCUCAAUUCACACUUAGCUGCAAUGAUUCGAAUGGGAACAGGGAGUGCUGGAUCAAAACAGAUGCAGACUAUCUGGUGUUGGAGCUCUAAAAGGCAGAAGCAAACUUCAUAAUGCGGUUUCCCAAUUAUCAUUCCCAGUUACUAAGAAUGAAAAUGAAUGGAGUUUCCCUGUGUUUGUCAGAUUUUCUAUUAUUAGUAGUAGUAAUUAUUGAACUGGUGUUUCCGCGUGGCUAUUUUACAAAACAGCUUGAAAUAAACAAAUAAAGGAGGCCCUCCUCCAGCAACCUAUAUGUGAGAAUGCUUAAUGUAAAAUUGUAAGACAUUUAUCAUUUUCCUUCCAAACAA